AUGGAUUUGUCUUGCUGUAAAGAUUGUUGCAGUAAAUGUUUUUGCAGCGGAGGUUCCCCUGUACGAGCGGCUUUAUUUAGGAUAAAACAUGGGCUGGUUACGUCACAUUGCAAGCCCUAUAAUGAUAACGUAAAUGAAACAGCUUGCAAAGAAGAAUGUGCCAACGACACAUUGAAUCACCAGGAUAAUAAGCAUUUUGGUGAAAAUAUGUACUUGGUGCUGGCUGAUGAUUUAGAGAUUUGGAGAUUGAAUUGGUUUUUCGAACUAAUUGUUAAUUUAAUUAGGGACCAUUCCCUUGAGAGCAACCUUCGCUUUGUUCGAAGUUUAAAAGAUUACAAGAGCGGUGUUUAUGAACAUACGUAUGGAAAAUUAAUUGGACAUCACAGCGUGCAAGUGAUCGGCUUUGGAGUAGAAAACGAGGUUCCAUAUUGGUUAGCUACCAAUACUUGGGGGAUGAUGUGGGGCGAGACAGGCUUAUUUAAAGUUAAGCGCUUCCAAAAGGACCUAGGUUUCGAGGAUCAAAUGAUUUCUUUGUUUUCUAAAAGAAACACGUACAUAAGAUUCAGGAUACAGGGUAAAAAGAAUUUAGUGUUCUUCUGA